CCGCCGCCGCCACCACCGCCGCGCCCUGCCCCGGGCCCGGCUGCCCCUCCGCCUCCAUUGCCCUCGCCUUUGCCCGCUCGCCGUCGGCCGGAGGGAGGGAGGAUGCAGCGAGCCGCGCUCUUCGGCGGCAGCGGCGGCGGCGAUGCGCAGAUGGCCGCCGGGGACCUGGGCGAGCUGCUGGUCCCCUACAUGCCCACGAUCCGGGUGCCCAAGUCAGGGGACCGGGUCUACAAGACGGAGUGCGCCUUCUCCUACGACUCGCCCGAUUCAGAAGGAGGUCUCUAUGUGUGCAUGAACACGUUUCUGGGAUUUGGAAGGGAACACAUUGAAAGGCAUUACCGGAAAACAGGACAGUGUGUAUAUUUGCAUCUGAAACGACAUGUGAUAGAGAAGGUACCAGGGGCAUCUGGUGGAGCUUUACCCAAAAGGAGGAAUGCUAAGCUAUUUUUAGAUCUAGAGACAAACAGUGAUCUCAACAGUGACGACUUUGAAUAUGAAGAUGAAGCAAAACUCGUUAUAUUUCCUGAUCACUACGAAAUCCCAUUACCCAAUAUAGAAGAGUUACCAGCGCUGGUGACGAUAGCUUGUGAUGCGCUCCUCAGCGCAAAGUCACCCUACAGGAAGCAGGACCCCGACUCCUGGGAGGAAGAGCUACAGGCAUCCAAACACGCCAAAACGCUUGUACAGUUAGACAAUGGUGUUAGGAUCCCCCCCAGCGGUUGGAAAUGCUCCAAAUGUGACCUGAGGGAGAAUCUGUGGCUAAACCUGACGGACGGCUCAGUGCUGUGUGGGAAGUGGUUCUUCGACGGCAGCGGGGGCAACGGGCACGCCGUGGAGCACUACAAGGAGACGGGGUAUCCCCUGGCAGUGAAGCUGGGAACCAUCACUCCUGAUGGAGCAGAUGUCUAUUCCUUUGAUGAGGAGGAGCCAGUUUUAGAUCCGCAUAUAGCAAAACAUUUGGCACACUUUGGAAUUGAUAUGCUGCAGAUGCAAGUGGUAGGAAAUCCAUAA